AUGGGGACCAUGCUGUGGAGCAUCCUGCCCGUGGUGCUGGGGCUGCUCCUCUGGCAUCCUGCUGGUGCCAGUGGCCCCUGCUGGGAGAGCAGCAAGUGCCAGGACCUGGCCAGCGAGGCUGGCAUUUUGGCGUGCACCACGGCGUGCAGAGCCGACCUCUCGGCCGAGGCCCCCGUCUACCCGGGGAACGGGCACCUCCAGCCCCUCUCUGAGAGCAUCCGCAAGUACGUCAUGAGCCACUUCCGCUGGAACAAGUUUGGCCGGAGGAACAGCAGCAGCGGCGGUGGGGGCGGUGGUGGUGGGGGGCACAAACGGGAAGAAGAGUUGGGGGGCAACCCCCCGCAGGCAUCGCUGCCCGCCGACCCCCUGCCCCACCGGGAGGAAGAGGAAGGAACCGGGCUGGAGCGGGAGGAAGGCAAACGCUCCUACUCCAUGGAGCACUUCCGCUGGGGAAAGCCGGUGGGCCGCAAGAGGAGACCCAUCAAGGUCUACCCCAACGGGGUGGAGGAAGAGUCGGCCGAGAACUACCCGCUGGAGUUCAGGAGGGAGCUGGGGCUCGGCGGCACCGAGGAGGAGGAGGAGGAAGAGGAGGAAGGCCAGGAGGAGGAGAAGAGGGCCGGUGGCUCCUACCGCAUGCGCCACUUCCGUUGGCACGGGCCCUUGAAGGACAAGCGCUACGGGGGCUUCAUGACCUCGGAGCACAGCCAGACCCCUCUAGUGACUCUCUUCAAAAACGCCAUCAUCAAAAGCGCCUACAAGAAGGGGCAGUGA